GACACACACGAUGGUACAAUAAUGCAGUGAAACUACAAAUUCUGCAGCAGUUCAGGUACACGAAUUGAAGGAAGGAUGUGUUCGUGUCUGAGGCGUCUUUUCCCUUGCUGUUUUUCUUCAGCCGAAGAACAUGCGGACAUUCCUUUAUCAAAGAAUAAAACAACGCCGCUUCGUAUAGUGCUGAUUGGAAAAACUGGAGUUGGGAAAAGCGCAGUUGGAAACACCAUUCUUGGAAAAAAAAGGUUUAAAUCAGCCCCUUCUGCAAACUCUAUUACCAGUGAAUGCAAAAAAGAAAAGGUUUACGACCAAAGAGACAUUUAUGUGAUAGACACCCCUGGAGUUCUGGACACCAGCCUAUCAAAAGAUCACAUCAAAAGAGAAAUCGUGAGAUGCAUUCAGGUGUCAGCACCAGGUCCUCACACGUUUCUGAUUGUGAUACAAAUCGGCCGUUUCACAACCGAGGAGAAAAAUUCUGUCCGAGCCCUUCAAGAGCUCUUUGGAAAAGAAGCUUCUAAGUACAUGAUAGUGGUCUUCACUCAUGGAGAUCAGCUCAAGGGUCAGUCAAUACAAGACUAUGUGAGAAAUGGUCACGAAGACCUCCGUAGAGUCAUCCAGAGCUGUGGGAGUAGAUAUGUUGUUUUUGACAACAAUGACGUGACAAAUCGAUCUCAGGUGAAAAUAUUAAUCGACAAGAUAGAUGAGAUGGUGGCAGCCAAUGGAGGAGAAUGCUUUACUCAGGAAAUGUAUGAAGAAGCUGAAGAACUCAUUCUACAACAGAAGAUGGAGAGAGAAAGGGCCGAGCUUCUGGAGUAUCAAUUCAGAUUUACUGAGAGCCUGGAGAGUAGAAUCUUUGUGUUCCAACAAAUACUGAUUGAAGAGAUUUACAAUUCUCCAUCGUGAAAUUUACAAGUUUAUACAUUUGGACUUGGCAAGCUGCUCAGAUAAACAUCGCCUUCUCCUUGUGCCUCAACGCUAAAUAUCUUGUCUCUUUUCUUUCGUAAUGUAAAUGUAAAAUGUUUCAAAUCAUUGUACUCUU